CUCCAGCGAAGCUACCUGCCUUGUGGGAUAAAAAAAGCAUAAGAAACCAUUAAAGUCUCACCCACACAACACAAAGUUCCUUCAUUCAUCCUUUUUGUGUAACAAACAUAACUCCAAUCGCCAAACGCCAAACGUGAAAAUCCCAUCAACGCGAAAACUCUGUUUUUUUCGUUACCUAAUUCUCUGUGGUCGACCUCACCGUAAACCUUCACCAACCCAAAUUAAAUUCUUCUGUGUUUUUAUUCACAAAGUACAAAAAAAAACAGACAGAUAAUAAUAAUCUCUCUCCCUUCUCUGCCUGUCUCUUCUUCUUCUUCCUCCUUCCUUCUUUCUCUCUGUGAUUUGCAUAAAACCUCGAGCUCCUUCUUCUUCUGUUCCAUUCCAAAAGAAUGAAGUACAUUCGAAGCAACAGCUUGAAACGUCUCUUCUCCUUCAAACGACGCAGUUUCGACUCCGACUCCUCAGAAAACUCUUCUCCUCUCGCUGCUUCUUCCACCAAAUGCGUCGAGGGUUUUCAAGAAACAGACCAGUUUCAAAGACCCAAAUGGAAAUGUUUCUCCUUUCAAGAAAUCUAUGACGCAACCAACGGUUUUAGCUCAGAGAAUUUGGUAGGUAGAGGUGGAUUUGCAGAGGUGUAUAAAGGGAUAUUGGGUAAAAACGGUGAAGAGAUAGCAGUGAAGAGGAUAACAAGAGGAGGAAGAGAUGAUGAGAGGAGAGAGAAAGAGUUUUUAAUGGAGAUUGGAACAAUAGGACAUGUCUCACAUCCUAAUGUCUUGUCUCUUCUUGGUUGUUGUAUUGACAAUGGUCUCUAUCUUGUUUUCAUCUUCUCUUCUAGAGGCUCCCUUGCUUCUCUCCUUCAUGAUUUGAAUCAAGCACCAUUGGAGUGGGAGACAAGGUAUAAGAUUGCAAUUGGGACAGCAAAAGGGCUUCAUUAUUUACACAAAGGUUGUCAGAGAAGGAUCAUACACAGAGACAUUAAAUCCUCCAAUGUUCUCUUAAACCAAGAUUUUGAACCACAGAUAUCUGAUUUUGGAUUGGCAAAAUGGCUGCCUUCUCAAUGGUCUCAUCAUUCCAUUGCUCCAAUUGAAGGCACAUUUGGGCACUUAGCACCAGAGUACUAUACACAUGGGAUUGUGGAUGAGAAGACUGAUGUGUUUGCCUUUGGAGUGUUCUUGCUUGAACUCAUUUCUGGUAAAAAACCUGUUGAUGCUUCUCACCAAAGCCUACACAGCUGGGCAAAACUGAUAAUCAAAGAUGGAGAGAUUGAGAAGCUGGUGGAUCCGAGGAUCGGUGAAGAAUUUGAUCUGCAACAACUUCAUCGCAUUGCUUUCGCCGCGUCUCUCUGCAUCCGAUCUUCUUCUCUAUGUCGACCUUCCAUGAUCGAGGUACGUCCAUUAAACUCACUAAUGGUUAACUUGUAGAGUGCAUCAUUUGUUUGUUUACUUCUCUUCAUUUUUACAAGUGAAAACUUAUCUAGGCAACAAAAGAAUAAUUUAGUGUCACGGAAUUAUAGGUUUUUUAUUAGUAAAGAGAAAGUUAUUUAUGAUUGGUUCAUGAUGAGACGUAAUCGUGUCGAUAUGUUACUCAACGAUCGCUUUUCAGUUAGCUCAUCGGCUGCGUGACUGAAAAAAUGUCUUUGGUCAUUAACUAUAACCAUCUUUAUUUAAUGCGACAUAUACAUCAAACGUUAAGCUUAUGUUGCUUUUUCUUUGUUAUUGAAUAAAGAAUAGUAGUACCUUUCAACUUUUUGAUUUAAUUAAAAAAUUGUACUAUAUAUAAUAUAUGGGAAAAGCUCAAUUACCGACACCUAAUCUUAAUCACAGUCACAUACUACAAAACAAAACAAGCACUAUAUUUCUGUUGUGAUUAUUGAGGAUAAUGAAGAAAAGUGGCUCAUUUACCGACACUUAACUUUAAUCAAUAUAUGUAAUUAAAAACAAAACAAGAACUAUUAAACCGGAUUUGCAAGAUCAAAACUUGGCUUACAAGAAAAUGUUACUACAUUCUUAAUUACAAAAAUUGAUAAUACGAUUUGUUCUUGAUUACUAUUGUUUUAUGAAUCUUUAUGUUUAUGUGUUGAUUUAUGGUACAUUUAGGUCUUAGAAGUACUACAAGGAGAAGAUAUAGAGAAAGAGAAAUGGAAAAUGGAAGAGGAAGAAGAAGUUAAAGAAGAGUUUUGGGGAUAUGAAGAUCUUGAGGAUUGUGAAUGUGAUUCUUCAAUCUCACUUUCUCCUCCUGACUCUAUCUCUAAUAGAAGUUCUUCGCAUCGUAGUCGCUAGAUCUAAAUUUAGUUGUAAAAUGUUGAAAAAUCAAUUUUGUUUUGUUGUAUAUAUUUGUUUAGAGUUGUCUAUUUCAUAAACAAUUGUAGUAUUCAAUGAGGUGUUUUAUUUAUUUUUUGGAUGUCGACUGUUUAUAAUAUUAUAACCAAACUCUAUC